ACCCGUCGCAGAAUAGACAGCAGUAGCAGCAUCUGAAUAACCCUCGACCACCACCAGCCUCCCUGCUCUCCGUCUCCGGCCAUGUGGCGGCGGCUACCCCUGCGGCUCCUGCGCUCCGCGGCCGCCGGACCACUCCGGAUCCCCGCACCCUCCCGUGGCGGCUGGUCCGUCCCUACCGCGCCGCGGCUGCCGGCGGAGGCGGGCGCCGCGCCGGCCGACCUUGCCCGUUGGCUGCCGCGCAGAGGCUACUCCCAGUUCGCCAGCGGCUUCACCCCCUUGGAACCCAAGACGCUCGGAUCCAUCCUCGACGUCGAGCGCGCCAAGGGCCUCUCCCCUGAACACCUCGUCGCCGCCUGGGAUGACUACCACUUGGGAAGAGGUCAUAUAGGUGCAUCUAUGAAAUCAAAGCUUUACCAUCUCUUGGAACAAAGAUCGGCGACAUGCCGAUAUUUUGUUAUUCCUUUGUGGAGAGGAAGUGGAUAUACCACCAUGUUUAUGCAAGUCCAGCUGCCACACAUGAUCUUCACAGGACUUGAAGACUACAAAGCUAGAGGAACUCAAGCAAGUCCCUACUACACAGUCACUCAUUACACAGAGUUUGCAGAAACCAAGGAUACAGUUCUUGUCCGAGGAGAUGUUGUCUUCACCAGUAAGCUAACUGAUUUAGAGGCGAAGUGUCUUUUAGAGACUGCUCACUCGUUUUACUUGAAUGAUGUGCGGUACAAGCUUGUUGAGCGAUUCAACAAAGAAACACAGGAUUUUGAGUUCAAAGAUGUACUUCAAGCGCUUGACAUGCCGACUAUGUGAGCAGAUGCUAAGUCCUGAUGCAACAACAAAGCUUCCACAUCCACCUGUCAGCCUGAAAUUAGCACCAAGAUGGAAACUGCCAUUGCUUCUCCCCAUUUUGUCACAGUCCUAGUAUCAUGAAAAUAACCCCUGAAACAUUGACAUUUGGUAGCAAUCUGGCUUUGCUGACUGAGCAUGUAUCCUGUUGGUUUGUUGUAGCCACGACUUGAUCCAAUAAUUGUGAGGGCUGCUCUAAACGGAUUUAGGCUAAUCUCUGGCAGGCCUUCCUGCUAUUUAACCUUUUGUAUGGAUAUUUACAUUUCAUUGUGUUA